UAAAGGUUUCAACCUCUUUGGCCUCUCUCCUUUCUCAUAGUCAUGUUUCCUUCUUUUCCAGCUUAAAAACUACAUUAUCAACCUUCUCACAACUUUUUUCUUCCCUGUCUCUUUCAGUCUACCUUAAACCUACAACAACCUUGGUUUAGCCAUGAUUACUGGUAAGGACAUCUAUGAUGUUUUUGCAGCUAUUGUACCCCUAUAUGUGGCUAUGAUACUAGCAUAUGGUUCAGUUAGAUGGUGGAAAAUCUUCACACCAGACCAAUGCUCUGGCAUAAACCGUUUUGUUGCAGUAUUUGCAGUUCCACUUCUUUCCUUCCACUUCAUCUCCUCCAAUGACCCUUAUGCUAUGAACUACCACUUCAUAGCAGCUGAUUCCCUUCAAAAAGUUGUGAUCCUGACUGCUCUGUUUCUUUGGAACACCUUCACCAAACGUGGUAGCCUUGACUGGACAAUCACUCUGUUCUCACUUUCCACUCUCCCAAACACUCUAGUUAUGGGAAUCCCUCUGCUCAAAGCCAUGUAUGGAGAUUUCUCAGGAUCUCUCAUGGUUCAGAUUGUGGUUUUGCAGAGUGUAAUUUGGUACACUCUCAUGCUAUUCAUGUUUGAAUACAGAGGAGCUAAGCUUCUCAUAACAGAGCAGUUCCCUGAAACUGCAGGGUCAAUCACCUCCUUCAGGGUUGAUUCUGAUGUUGUCUCACUCAAUGGAAGAGAGCCAUUGCAAACAGAUGCAGAGAUUGGAGAAGAUGGGAAGCUUCAUGUUGUGGUGAAGAGAUCAGCAGCUUCAUCUAUGAUAUCUUCAUUCAACAAGUCCCAUUUAACUUCCAUGACACCAAGAGCUUCAAAUCUCACUGGUGUUGAGAUUUACUCUGUUCAGUCAUCAAGAGAACCAACCCCAAGAGCUUCAAGUUUCAACCAAACAGAUUUUUACGCCAUGUUUGCAAGCAAAGCACCAAGUCCUAAACAUGGUUACACGAAUAGUUUCCAGAGCAAUGGUGGCAUUGGUGAUAUUUACUCGGUGCAAUCUUCGAAAGGGGUAACACCAAGGACCUCGAAUUUUGAAGAGGAUAUGUUGAAGAUGCAUAAGAAGAGGGGAGGGAGGAGCAUGAGUGGUGAGCUUUUCAAUGGCUCUUCUUACCCUCCUCCAAACCCCAUGCUUUCAGGGUCUACUAGUGCUGGCCUAAAGAAGAAAGAUAGCGGUGGUGGUGGCGGCGGCGGCGGCGGCGGCGGUAGUGGUGGUGGUGGUGCUCCUAAUAACAAGGAGUUACACAUGUUUGUUUGGAGUUCAACUGCAUCCCCUGUUUCUGAAGGGAAUAUGAAACAUGUUGCUAAUAGAGCUGCCUCUACUGAUUUUGGGACCAUUGAUCCUUCCAAGGCUGUUCCACAUGAAACCAGUGUUGCCUCAAAAGCUGUUCAUGAAUUGAUUGAGAACAUGAGCCCUGGUCGUAGAGGGAGUGGAGAUCAAAGGGAGUUUGAGAUUGAGGAAGGAACCAAAUUUCCCCCAAACGGGUCUCCAUACACUUGCCAAAAGAAGGUGGACAUGGAAGAAGGCGAUGCAAACAAGAAGCAAAACAUGCCACCUGCAAGUGUCAUGACAAGGCUCAUCCUCAUCAUGGUUUGGAGGAAGCUUAUUAGAAAUCCCAACACCUACUCAAGUCUUUUGGGGCUCGUGUGGUCUCUCGUUUCAUAUAGGUGGCACAUUGAAAUGCCCACUAUUGUAAAAGGUUCCAUCUCCAUACUGUCUGAUGCUGGUCUGGGAAUGGCUAUGUUCAGUCUAGGUCUGUUCAUGGCAUUGCAACCCAGGCUCAUUGCAUGUGGAAAAUCUGUAGCAACAUUUUCUAUGGCUGUUAGGUUCUUGACAGGUCCAGCUGUGAUUGCAGCCACCUCAAUAGGAAUAGGGCUCCGAGGAGUUCUUUUACAUGUUGCCAUUGUUCAGGCUGCUCUUCCCCAGGGUAUCGUUCCCUUUGUUUUUGCCAAAGAAUACAAUCUCCAUCCAGAUAUACUCAGUACAGCGGUUAUAUUUGGAAUGCUUGUUGCAUUGCCCAUAACAAUACUUUACUACGUGCUUCUUGGAGUAUAAUCUAUCUUGGGAGGCAAAAGCAGAGAAAAGAAGUAAGAUGAAAUCCAAGUAACCCCCAAGACAAGAGUGGGAUGGACGGAAAGAAAUGUAGAAGAUAUUGGAUUUUAGAAAAGGAGAGAAAAGGAAAUUAUUUAAUUACAUGUAGUAUAUAGUGUGUAAUACUAUAUAUUAGUUUUGAUUCAUAUGAAAGUUAGGUUUGAUUAAUUGUUCCAAUUUUCCAGCUCACUCUACAUUCUCUAUUCUUGUUAAUGAAAAUCUUUUAGUUAGGUGAGAAA